ACAGAAAACGACCAGACAACGCUGCACAAAGCAAGAGAAACCGCGAUGUCUCGCACGGUCUGUCCUCAAUGUUAAGCAACCGCGAUCACGAGACGAACAUUUUUUGGUUUCGGUAAACACGAGCAUGUGAUAAGAUUGUCCGCUUAAAGUGAUAUUUCUACGUGAUAUUUAGAAUCUGCCAAUAUGUACAAGACAGUGAGGCACGGAGAGAACAGUCUCCAGUACACCAUCCUUCCACAAACAGAGGAGGUGCUCAACAAUAGCGGUUUGAAAGGCAAAGGCCGUGACUACAGUCCAUCUAUUCAUGUCCGACGAUCUCGCAGGAGAUCUACAGUAAAAUAUGUUUUGCUGAUAAUUUUUGGAAUAAUAGUUGCUCUUGCACUGGCUUCUGUGCCGCUAUAUGUAAUGAAUGGAGCAUUAUACUCCCGAAAAAACCAGCAAGACAAUCAUGAAGUCGUAACUUCUGCUCCUCUUGCGCCUACCGGUCGCGAAUUAGCGAAGUCAAGAAAAAAGGAAUUGAAAGUUUCUCCAGCUGUUAUAUCGUCAUUCGAUUUAAAACCUGAAGCUAGUACAACUACACCAUCAACGACCACAAAAUCUCCAACAACUCCUUCCACGGUGACCAGUGACAGAGUGACACUAGCAUGGACAAUGCCACUAUUCAGAUCUUGGAAGAGUUUCACAUCAACCACCAUUAAACCCAUUCCAACAGAAACGAUCGAGUCCACUCGAGCUGUAACGCCAACCAGUCUCGUCCCUCUGCUCGAUCGUUUCAUGACGAUGAAACCUUGGGAGAAAGAACUACUAAAAAGAGUCACUGUCAGUCCAGAGCCGAUAACAUUGCGCAACUUGUACAGAUAUUAUUCUCGUUCCUACCCAGAAAGAGUGGAACCGAAAAGUACCAAGCGAUUUGAUGAUAUUGUGAUUACAACGAAAGGAACGACGACCAGGACUCCAGUAACGACGGAAUUCACAACUAGUGAAAGAUCAGUAGUAAUAAGUGAAAAUUUGAAGGAUGCAAUUCUUUCCGUGGACGAUGAUGACGAUUUGAAGGAGUCUUUGGAAGUGGAUGAAGUGUUUUCGUUACCGUCGUCAGCAUCGGCAGGGUCUGAUGCAGACGAGGUGACAGUGGCUAAGACCGGUGGGGCGGAGUGGUACGGAGCGCGGUGGCCAUUCGUUGACACUUCCUCGUACUUCCAAUGGACGGGCUACUCUCCUGGGGACAACCUGUUACUGCCGCUGCUGGUGGCGGCGCUAUCCUCUGUAGCGCUGGUGCUGCUCCUCGCGCUAGCCGUUCGCCGCAAGAGGAGCCACGUCUCCGCGCAGCUCGGGAAGUUGACCUCCGAAUUGCAGGCGGAGGACAACACCAACCUGCUGACUGCCGAGAACCCGGAUGAAACUGAAGAGUGAACUCACACUGCCCGCUUAUAUAGCUUGUUCAAAUAUUCAAAUAACUGCAAACGCCUUAUGUGCGCCUGGUGUUACGGAUCGGCUCAAUUGAAACAUAGCUUGUUAUCGCUAGAAUUAGCUAGCAUUAGACUACAGAACAUUGAUUGAUUGAACAGACAAGUGGAAAUGGAAAGUUUUAUCGUACUAAAAAGUGUUUGGUUGGAAUGUUUACAUGAACUUAGUGUGAUAUUCAAGUUAUGAUAUGUAAACUAAAGUAAAAUCAGCUGCGAAAUCCCGAAGCUCAGGGUCCACGUAAAAAAUAAACCUUUAAAUUUUGAAGGUUUGGCUGUGAUUUUACAAUGCUGUUGCCUAUCAGCUGUUAAGUUUUAUUAUCCCAGUCGGCUCGUAUGAUGUGAAAUGGAAUGGUCCUAUGCUAAGGCUUGAACCAUACACCAAUCGCCGGGAACCAAAACUGAGUCACAUGAAAGAACUGGACCACCUGCACGCACAUUAGGCAUUCGAAGCACCUUAUAAUAAUUUUGGGCGCCAUAGUGUAGCUCUAAAAAGCAACCCUCUUUAGAGGAACCUAAUUCUUCUAAUAGGUACCGAUCUCACCGUUCAAAAUUUUCAGUGCCUAUUAAUUUGUAUAUAAAAUACGGUUCGCGAACGCUUGCAACGCUCGUUCAGAGAUACGAUAUAAAUGUAGGUAAGUAAGUAUAUUUUGUAAACACACUAGAGAUUCGACUGUAAUUAGGUAACGUCAAAUGCCAAAAUUGCUAGAAAUUAUUUUUGUUACAAAUUUAAUGUACAAUUUAUGCAUUUGCCGUAGCAAUGAGGCGUGCGAUUAGGAAUAGUAGUGCCCUAACGAGCUUGCUAAUUUAUUUUAUUACUGAGAUAUUGCAAAUUAUGGUCAAUCAUGGCACGUCACAUGUAUUGGAUAAGAAUAUUACAUGCACAAUAUAUAAUAUUUACUCAUUAGUUUGUCGACAGUAUAAAAGUUGCAGUUAGAAAUACUGAAUUAGAAUUGUUGCAUAUGAUGGACGAGAAUUGACAUAGCUUGACCAUAUUCAUUAUAGCGACUAAUAGCACCACCGUUUUCAUUUACAUGAUUUGUUUUUGAAUUCUACAAAUACAACACAAUUUUUGUAUGAAUUAAUAUAAAAAAUAGAAGAAUGUCGAUUUAAUAAUAUAAAAUUCAACAAUAUAAUAACACAUUUUUACAAAUAACGAAACAAUUAUACUACGAAAAAUCAUGUGCCACGGUGCAGAGCCAUGAAGCUGAUUUUCAGUGACACAAAAUAAUUGGGUAUACAAAUCUUUCACCACGUCAAAGUCAUUAAAGUAGCAGCCUUAUUCAGAAUCCUUCCCCUGGUCGCCAUUUAAAAAUCUAGUCUUUAUUUUAAUUUCCCAGGGGUUUUACACGUAGGGCGUCACGAGUCUGCCUGUUACUAUAUCAUAUCUCUGAAAUUUGACUGUAUGACUCGUCAGUAUUAGUCGAACCCUGUGGUAUUAAACAUAUGCGUUUUUUUCAUCUACUAUAUUAUAUAGAAUAGGAUAAGGUGAAAUAUCAAUCUCUGUGUAAUAUUGUACUAUGUGUUUUGACGUCACGUUUUAUUAUAAAUUGCACGCCUUACAUCGCCGAGUAUGGAAUUAAUUGACAAAGUUCUAGUUUUUAUAAUUGUAUGCUUCUUCAUCGGAAUAAAGCGUGGUCAUAUUUAAUAUUGGUAAACAAUUAUACAUACACUACACAUUAAUUAAAAUAGCGAGUCAGGCGUGCACAUUUUUUUUUCAAAAUACUUUGAACUUAGUGUAUAAUUAUCAUAUAUAUACUUAAUAAUUUUGAUUGAUUUAAAUAGGAAUAAGACUGAUAUAAAGUUGGGUCGUUACUGAUUCAUAAAUGUGAUAAAGUAACGUUCAAUUUUAUUUAAAUAGUUAUUGUCACAUCCAUUUAAACUGUAACUUUGUUUUUUUUUUAUUAUUAUUUUAGAAAACAUUAACUUUAAAUGUGUAUGUACUUACCUAUAAGUUCACCAAGAGAAUUUCAGAUUGAGUGUAAUAUGGUAUUAUUAUGUGACAAUAAUUAUUUAGGUGUUAAAAUGUAUUUUUAUGUAACGGCACUAUUAGUUUCAAAUGAUAUUGAUACUGGAUUGGCAGAUAUGUACUGACUUCAAUAACUAUGCAUAUUAUGUAACUUAAUAAUGAUUUAAUGUGUGUACAACCAAAUGUAGCUGAUGGCGAGGGUCUAUAUUAAACCAAAUUGAACUCGCUGUAGUUUAUGAAAAAAUACAAGAGCCUGAGACAGUGAGUUCAUAAUCGUGUCUAAAUUGUAUUAUUAUUAAACCAUUUACAUACGAUUUUGAUUUAACAUUUCGAGUCGUCCUGGUUUUUAUAGUGUUUCUAAACAGCAGCGAAUGUUUAAUAUUGCUAGUUAUUUAUUAAAAAAUGUGAUACCUAUUGUUGUAUCUGUAUUCCCCUGUAGAAGGAAUUGUAUGACUGUAUGUUAUCACCGACCCAUCGAAGGCCAACCAAUGUGUUUCCAUCUCUUAGCGCUGUAAUGUAUAAGAGAGAUGCACACUCGUUUGCAUUCGUUAGCUCGGUACUGAAGUAGCACGAGACCGCAGUCACACGAAAGCUUUACUUGUGUGAUGACGGUCUUAUUUUUAAAAGAAGUAUUUGUAAAGCCAUGAACCAUUAAAUGCUAGAUAUUUAUAGCACUUCGACUUGUAUCAAUAGUGGUUAAGUUUUUUAGCUUUUGUGGAAAAUAGUUUUGUGAAAGCCUCAAGCGGUGUGAUUAUUUUAUAUUGCUGUUAACACCACAUUGUACAUAAUUAUGGAAAUAAAUUAUGUUUCCCACCUUAUAUUAUAGAGUUUUUCAGUUCCUUCCACAGACGUAAAACGUUAGAUUGGAGCCCAAGGUCCGUUUGACAUUUAAUUGAGUAAUCACAAAUAAAACUCAUAUCUUAUUAUCAAUUGACUUAUAUUUUCAUGUGAUAAUCAGACCUAUCAAACAAACAUUUGAAACAUAAGAGGUUGAUUCUUCAUUUGUAACCAAAGUACGAAAAUUUUUCUGCAUAUAACAAUUAUACAGCGGUAUUUAUCCGGCAUCAAUUGGGUAGUUUCCAAAAUGCCGAACAGUCGAAACAAAAAUAUCUACAACAUUAGUAUGAAAUGAACUUAUGACGUCAUCACUUUGAAAGUCAAGUGGCGUAAAGUAGUAUUAAUAUAAAAACAAUAAAUAAACAUGAUCAAUUAAUAUGACAUAAUUUUGUUAAUAGGAAACAGCCCAAAUGAAGCAUAAUGCGGAGCUGUGUAAAAAUUUCUGAAACAAUAAUUCUCUAUCCUUCGCUUUACUUGCCAAUUCGACUGGGUAAAAAAUUAAAUGUAUUAUAAAUGUAUGAAGAUGUUUUUCGCGCUUUAAACACAAACCUACAUAAUAUAUUAUAUAAACGAGGCUUAGCACGAACCUUUUUUAUUUAAGGUUGCUGACGUUUCAAAACGGACUGGCAGUCGCCAUGGUCGUAGCCAGACUGGAGUAGGUAUUUGCAGGGUGAAAUGAACAUUAAAUAAAAAAGGUUCAUGUUAAGUCCCGAUAAUAUGUGUAGUUAUGUGUAUUAAAAUAAUCACACGAUAAUAAAAUGUCACUUUAAUCGAUCAGUUUUUAUUAAUUACGAGAAUUACUGUUUUUCGGUCUCUUUAAAGUAUAUUAGAAAUACUUUUUGACUUUAAAAUCCGUGACAUCACAAUACAUUACUGUCAUACAAGCUUCAUAUAAAAUUAUGUUUUUGACAAUAGAAAAAAGUAUCUGAUUUGACUAAUUGGAGAAUAACCAAUUGUACCUUCAAAUGUUUCUUGCAGUUGCAGAGACCUUUCAAGUACUUUAAAUAUCGUUGAGGCUGAAAUUCCUUACAAAGGUUGAUGAAACCAAACUGGAAAGGAGUCAAAUUGAUGUUAUUUUAUUUACACAGUAUAAGUACUUCACUUCAGUUCAUCCAUUCGGCAUAAUCUGGUUUAAAUAACGCCUACAUAAAAUUACCUAUAGUAUUACAAAGUAAAAUUAAAUUAUGAUACAGAAAAUGUUAUAAAGAACAACAGAUGUAUAAAUAUUGCCUCCAUAUUCUAUAACGUUCCAUUGCAUGUUAGUAUAUCUCGUUAGUUACAGAAUGACGUAACUGCACAUAACGUAUAUAAUAGUUGUGUAUACAAAAACCCCGUCACAUUUAACAGUAUACGUAAUGCAUUUUAGAAGCUCAUGUAUGAGUAUCAAACAAAAAUUAUUAUGUUUGCGUAUUAUAACUAACAAAUGUUGUCAAAGAUAAGUUCUUGUAUAUGUGUUUAAGGUCCUACCACUUAACACAUUUUUAUCAAUUUCUGUUAUUUAUUAUCAAAAGAUAAAAAGAUGAUCUUAACAAUUUAUUCUACAUAGUGUAGUCAAUUGUGACUACAUAUAAUGUAAAAUAUAUAACACUAAUGAAAUCAUUUGUCUGGUGUAGCCAAAUUUGUCAAGAUUUUUCACUAAGAAAUAAAAUAAAUUAAUAAAAAUGUGAUUGCGGCGCUAGUGUGCGCGAAAGUAACGCCUUGUGUAAACUUAUAUUUAUCGCCCAUAUUCUUGAAUAAAAUAAAAGCGACAUCUGAAUAUAGGAAGUUUAAACAAAUUUCGUGCAUAUAUUGAAACAUAUAACUUACGUUUAGAUAGUACAACACAAAUCCUAACAAAUAAAAUUAUAAUGCUUGUUUUUUUUUUACAAAAUAUAGAAAAUAAACUUAGAACCGUUUUGAACGACUGUCUAAAAAUAAAAUUAUGUCAUAGAACUAAAGUACAUAUCUACAUAAUUUAUAAAUCCCGUGGUUAUUGUUGGCACCGCUAAGUCCGAACAAACAAUACUGUCUUUGUACAUUUUCAGGAAUUCUAAAAAAAUACUGAGCCUCCUUCGAAAUUAAGUCAAAAAUUUAAAUUAAACAUCCGUUUCCGACUUCAGUCAUGUAUAUUAUUUUGGCUAGAUAAAAACCAUUGGCUGAUAAUUAUUUACUUACUCGAAGAAAACUCACAUCUGUCUAUAAAGCCUUGGUACUUUCUAUAUAAUACAUUAUUCCCGGUACUAUUUCAAAGAAAAGAGAUUUAAUCAGAUACCAAGUCAAAAAUUAUUAUCAAUUAUAUCAAUGCAUGUGAGACUGUAAAGUGUGAAAAGAGACCUACUUUACAAUUUUAAUUUUG